CAUUUCUCUUUCUCGCAUCAGCUUGUGAUAAUUUGGGUUGGUUCCAAGAUUCAAUCUGAAACCAUCUCCCCUGCUCAUGAAGGAUUGCUGCUACCUUGCAUCUAUUCUGGGCUAGAUAAAUGGAAACACAUCAAUGGAAAUGUGAGCCAACUGCUUUGCAUAUGCAAUUCUGCGUUUAAGGGCCAUCACCAUAAUUGAAUAAGGUGGUCACACGGCUGAGAUGCUUAGUCUCAUCCGUGUGCUUCAAUGGGACAGGUUUACACCGCGAGUCUACAUAGCAGCUUCAACUGAUAAUAUGAGUCUUCAGAAAGCUCAAGUACUGGAAGCCUCUAUGGUUGGUCAGGCAGAUCCUGACAAGCUAAAGGUAACAGUUCAGUUCAUGCAAAUUUACCGAAGCCGAGAAGUAGGUCAAUCAUAUUUGACAUCAGUAGGGACAAUACUAAUUGCUUUGCUUCAUGCUCUGCUGUUGAUGAUAAAAAUCAGGCCUCAAGUGAUCCUCUGCAAUGGCCCUGGGACGUGUUUUCCUCUCUGCGUAAUCGCAUUCCUAUUUAAGGUUCUUGGGAUUAGAUGGUCAUCCAUAUUUUAUGUUGAGAGUAUCGCUAGGGUCAAGAGGUUAUCUUUAAGCGGCCUUCUUCUUUACAAGCUGCAUAUUGCUGAUCUCAUUUUUGUGCAGUGGCCUCACCUACAAAAGAAAUAUCCCCAAACUCUCUAUGUUGGUUGUCUUAUGUAGGAACGCAGUGAUGCCAUUACAGCAACUGCUGUAUGUCAGUUUUCAUAUGAAAUAUGUUGGGUAUAUGUACCUUUUCCUGAUUAAGCCAUGCCUGUUGAGAUUUUAACAGGUAAGGAAGAAGAGUGUAAAUAACUUUAUCUCUCUGUUGACACAAUGGACGAAUUUUGUUUUUAAUAUUAUGGUUUUGUUUGGUUGUCUUGCUUCUA